GGAUGCGCUUCUCGAUGGACGUUUCAAGAGACGAAGUCAAGGCCCUGGCUGCCUUGAUGACCUUCAAGUGUGCCUGCGUAGACGUACCUUUUGGCGGCGCCAAAGCCGGCGUCAAAAUCGACCACAAGAAGUACUCCGAACAUGAGUUGGAGAAGAUUACUCGACGAUUCACCUUGGAGUUGGUCAAGAAGGGCUUUAUUGGGCCCAGCAUUGACGUGCCCGCCCCCGACAUGGGCACGGGCGAAAGGGAGAUGUCCUGGCUGGCCGAUACCUAUGCCAAGACUAUCGGGUACCAAGACAUCAACAAUCAUGCCUGCGUCACAGGCAAACCCAUCAACCAAGGCGGCAUUCACGGCCGCGUUUCCGCGACCGGUCGCGGGGUCUUCCACGGCUUGGAGAACUUUAUCAAUGAGGGCAACUAUAUGGACAUGUGCGGCUUGAAAACCGGCUGGAAAGACAAGACCUUCAUCAUCCAGGGCUUCGGUAACGUCGGCCUGCAUACCAUGAGGUACUUCCACCGGGCCGGGGCCAAGUGUAUCGGUGUGGUCGAAUACGAUGGGUCCAUUUUUAAUCCAGAAGGUAUUGAUCCCAAGGAUCUAGAAGACUAUCGCGUUGCGAAUGGAACCGUCGUAGGAUUCCCUGGUGCUAAGCCCUACGAGGGCAACCUCCUUUUCCACGAAGUCGACAUCCUCGUUCCCGCGGCCACCGAGAAGGUCAUCCACAAAGAAAACGCAGCUCAAAUCAAAGCGAAGGUUAUUUGCGAAGCUGCCAAUGGACCACUCACACCCGCCGCGGACGAGAUUCUUUUGAAGAAGAACGUACUGGUAAUACCCGAUUUGUACGUCAACGCGGGUGGUGUGACGGUAUCGUUCUUCGAGUGGUUGAAGAAUAUCAACCAUGUGUCUUAUGGUAGGCUGACCUUCAAAUAUGAGAGGGACUCUAACUACCAUCUCUUACAAUCCGUGCAAGAAUCGCUGGAACGCAAAUUUACCGAUGUCGGAAGAAUCCCAAUUGUUCCAUCGGUACCUUUCCAGAAGAAGAUUGCCGGUGCUUCGGAAAAAGACAUUGUACAUUCUGGUCUGAACUUCACUAUGGAGAGGAGCGCUAAGGCUAUCAUGAAAACAGCAGAGAAAUAUAACUUGGGAAUUGAUUUGCGAUCCGCUGCAUACAUCAAUUCUGUUGAGAAGAUAUUCAACACAUAUUCAGAAGCUGGACUCACUUUUUAAAACACCAUUGCCUAAAACUUUCAAAAACAAAAGAUUCGGUUAUGAUUUUUAGUCUGAAAAAAUUUACCCAAUAUAUUGUCGCAUCUGUAUGUAUUUCUGUUGAUCAUUGAUUAUGUUCUUUUUAAUAUUAUUUUUAACAUUAUCAUAUGGUACUGUAUUGAAAGUUGUAUUAAUUUCUUACAAGUAGUAUUCAUUUACGUACAUUUCUUUCAGUAUUUUUAAGAUUGUGGUUAUAAUAAAAAUAUAGGUAUGGGUGUCUUCUAUCGUUAUUUAAAAGUGUAAAAUAUUUGCCCUUUUAAAACAUUAAUAUGUUCGAUAUUCGAAAAAAUUUUAUUCUAAAUAAAAAGUAAA